AUGGCACACCUUGCUGCUCACAUUGAGCAACCCGAGGCGCGCCGUACUGCCUUCACCUCAUCCCAGCCCCCUCAUCCCUACAUGAUAGAUGGUAACGGCCGUACGGCUUCCGCCUCGCGCGCAUCACAUCAGCAGCAGUAUUCAUUCCCACAAAUGUCCGACCCAGGUACGCUCGUUCUCAGCACCAGCACCAACACCGGCGGCCAACCUCGUAACAACAACGGGUCCUUGCUCAACUCUACCUCCACGCUCGAGGCUGAUACCGACGCUCAGCAACUCACCACCGAGCCUGAAGAGGAAGACGAUGCAUCGACAGCGAGCGGCAAACGUCAUGGUGCGCUCCUCGUCGAGGAGGCCAAUGAGUGGAUGCUGCAGCACUCCUUCUUCCACUGGGGCCUGAAACGCCACAUCACCCACGGCAACCCCAAAUCCAGGGACGAGAGAGAUCUUCCAGAUUGGCGGAUGCGCGAACGUCUACGAACCGUCACGGCUGCUCUCGUCAUGUGCCUCAACAUUGGUGUCGAUCCUCCUGAUGUGUCCAAAACCAAUCCCUGCUCCAAGCUUAUCUGCUGGAUGGACCCCAGCUCACUCGAAGUAUCCAAAGCACUGCCCGCCAUCGGUCGCAAUCUGCAAGCCCAGUUCGAGACGCUCAGCACCAAGACUCGUUACAAGCAGUACCUCGAUCCUAUUGUUGAAGAAACACGUCGCUUCUGCACAACAUUGCGAAGGGCAGCCAAGGACGAGCGCGUGCUCUUCUAUUACAAUGGAUAUGGUGUGCCCAAGCCAACACCGGGCGGCGAAAUUUGGGUGUUCAACAAGGCCUAUACGCAAUACAUCCCCGUUACCCUUUACGACCUGCUCACGUGGCUGGGGAGUCCUUGCAUCUUUGUAUGGGACGCCAGCUCGGCCGGCAACGUCGUACUCAACUUCAAGCGUCUACAAGAGCGAAAGGCGGAAGAGGAGGCAACUCGGUCCAAUCGAGACAGGGAAGGUCAUAACCGCUCCGGCGAUCGUGACCGUUCCAAACCACAUGCUGACGCAUCCUCUUCGACAGGAAAGUCCAGUGCACAGUCUUCGUCGACGGAAGAGCCACAUUUCCCUUUGCGCGAGUCUAUCCACCUCGCUGCUUGCGGUCCAGAUGAGGUGCUUCCCAUGAAUCCAGAUCUUCCCGCCGAUCUCUUCACUUGCUGUCUCACUUCACCCAUCGAAAUCUCUCUGCGCUGGUUUGUGCUCCAAAAUCCUCUCCCGUCCAAGCUCAAUGUCGACAUGGUCAUGAACAUUCCCGGUCGCCUUCAAGAUAGAAGAACUCCUCUCGGCGAACUUAACUGGAUCUUCACCGCCAUCACCGACACCAUCGCAUGGACCGUCCUACCACGCACCAUUUUCCGCCGUCUUUUCCGAGACGACCUCAUGGUAGCAGCGCUUCUCCGCAACUUCUUACUUGCCGAACGUAUCAUGCGCUUCUAUCACUGCACGCCUAUGAGCCAUCCUAAGCUUCCGCCGACUCAUAAUCAUCCACUUUGGGACAGCUGGGAUCUCGCCGUUGACCAGUGCCUGGCACAAUUGCCCACGUUGCUUGCAAAGGAGCGAGCACAGGCUGAAGCUGCUGACGGCGGACCACCUGUUCCCCCCCACCUUGCGUCGUUUGAGUAUCGUCACAGCACCUUUUUCAGCGAGCAGCUGAAAGCUUUCGAGGUCUGGCUGCAGCAGGGCGGCGUUAGUCGAAAAGGAAGGAGGCGUCGUGUAAACGCUGCGAUCACUCCGCAUGGCAACCCUUUUGCAGGCUUGUCAUCCGCAGCGACCGGCGCCGAUCCAGAAGCAUUCGACGAUGACGGUGAUGCAAGCCCAGUUCGCGAACCGCCUGAUCAGCUGCCGAUCGUACUGCAAGUGCUGCUGUCCCAGGCACAUCGCCUACGUGCUCUCAUCCUGCUCAGCCAAUUUCUCGACCUCGGGCCGUGGGCAGUCAACAUGGCGCUCAGCAUCGGUAUCUUCCCCUACGUACUCAAGCUUUUGCAAAGUCCGGCUGCUGAUUUAAAGCCUGUUUUGAUCUACAUUUGGGCUCGAAUUCUGGCGGUGGACCGGAGCUGCCAGAAUGAUUUAUUGCGAGACAAUGGCUUCAUCUACUUUGCAGGUGUUCUAAGUCCAUUCCAGAACAGCAAUGCGGGUCAGAACGCUGGUGCCAACGGACCCUCGAUCCCUAUCCCCAACGUCUCGGAGCACCAAGCCAUGUGUGCAUUCAUUCUUGCCGUCUUCUGUCAAGACUUCCCCGCCGGGCAGGCUGCGUGUCUCGAGACAGACGUCAUGCACUCAUGCCUUGAGCAUCUCGAGGACGACGACUUUUUGUUGCGGCAGUGGAGUGCACUUUGCCUGGCCCAGCUUUGGGAUGACAACGAAGCGGGCAAGGCACGCGCCAUCUCGCUAGACGCGCACGGAAAACUCUGCUGUAUGCUUGGCGAUGUUUCGCCCGAGGUGCGGGCUGCCGUUCUCCAUGCUCUCGGCACUCUGCUCGGUGCCAGUGGAUCUAGCCAAGACCAAGUCGACGUUGUCUCGUAUGUCACGGGCGAGCCAGUGCCUGUCUCCAAUGCUAACCGGCCCGCUUCGGCGAGACGCUUCUGCCCUGGCACUGGCGCUGUUACAGGUCUGCCGCCAGCUAAACAGCGAGGUCUCGAAAUCGGCAUUGCCAUUGCUUUGCUUACGACCAAAGGAGACUGUAGCCCGCUGGUUCGAAAGGAACUGGUUAUCGCACUCAGCCCUGUGGUGGCUGAAUACAAGGGAUUUUUUGUCCUCGCGGCGUACCUGUACUACUCGAGAGAGGGCAGCUUGCAGAAUCCACCUUCACAACAGGAUCGGACGUCAGCGGCAGGCCGCGCUAAGACAGCACAAUCGUCUGGCGACAGUGAUCGACGCGGGUCAUUGGCAUCGUUGGGUCAAGACAACUCCAAAAAGAGCGUCUCAGGACCGACGACAGCUACACUUGCCGCUGAGGAGGCCUUGCUCGCGCGUCUCGCAUCCAAACUUCUGAUCGAGGAAGAAAUUGAGGAGGAAGACAUUGCCAACAUUCCAGCCUUUAUGACCAUCUUCGUCGCGCUGCUUGAUCUCAGCGUUGACUCGAAUCCGGAGGUGGCGAAUCUGGCAUGCACGGUGGUCGAUUUUGUGAUCGCUCUUUUGCUCGAAAGCGAUGUGUCGAAUGCCGGCGAGAGCGUCCUACGAGGUCUUGGCGCUCAAGGAACUCUUUCGCGCUUCACUACGCCCACCAGCACUGACGCUGCAUUAGAGGGAUAUUUUCCACUGACACCCCGCUCUACUGGAACGACACCAGGGUCGACCGACGAGAUGUCAACGUCACAGAUUGCAGCCAUGAAUGGAGCACAUGUACCCCCCUCUGGCUUUGGCACGGGUGGUUCUGGGCCUGCCCGUCCGGGCCAUUUGGUGCGUGCACAGUCUCAAGCAGCACCCAAGCGUACUUCGACGCUUGCACAAGCGGUCAAGACGCUAGCUACCUUGGGUUAUUCGCGACCAGUGUCACCGGUCGGGUCGGAUCACGACACCUUGGGCCGACCCUUGUACGGCGAAGCAGGGCCAUCAGGCAUUCCGCCCCCUGGUCCAGCUGUGCUCGCACCGCGUCGCAGUCCAGGCACCAAGGCAACCGCGGCCCAGUACAGCUCUCCCUAUCUUCCAAAGAGUGGUGCAGGUGGUCCGACAACUCCUUCACACGAAGCGCCGUCCACGCUAUCGAUGCCCUCGUCGCCGCUCAACCCGGCCGCCAAGCUUGGCAACCGCUCGCAGAGUGCAGAAAGUCUGUCUAUUAUCAACGGAAGCGCGGAUCGCAGAAAGCUGUCGGCAAGCAGCAGUGGCUUGAUUCAAGCUCAGCAGCGCCCCAACGGCAACGGCCAUGGGAACGGCAGCUUGCUGGACAACAGCACUGAACAGGCCAGCAGUGGUAUGUACGACCAACAACGCUUCUAUGGCGAUGAGCUGGAUAAGGAUCCACAUGUAGCUGUUGAUGACCAUGUCAAGGUGGGAGACACACUCGCUGGACUCAUCGCAAUGGACAUGUUCCGCUUCCGCUCGCGCUUUACGGGCAGCGCCGACGGCUCGACGCAAAACACGCCGGCUUCCUCUCCUGCCGUGAGCCGUGCAAAUCGGUGGGGCUUUAUGCCCACUCCGGGCAGCAGCGGAGUCAGCACGCCGUCGGGUUCGGUGGGAUCUGGUGGCGCUAGCAACGAACUUCGCGAGACACUGCCGCUCAAGAGCCGUCUAUUUGCAUGGUGUAGCGAAUACUACAUCGAGCCGCAGAUGAAGCAGGCAGAAAGCGAGGAGCCAGGCAGCAUCAAGUACAAUGUGCAGCACUGGAAAAAACAACGCAACAGCCGCCUCACUGAGCAUUCUCUGGAGAUUGCCGACGUCGCUGCUCAGUCUGCCUGGUCAGAGCAUGGUGGCUAUAUCCGCAAUGGCGCCGUCCCAUACUUGAUGCUUUUCCAUCAAUAUGAGAACCACCUCGUCACGGCUAGCGAUCAGGAUACGGUCGCUGUGUGGGACUGGGAAGAGAAGCGUCUGCUCAGUCGAUUUGCCAACGGCAAUCCGAGCAGAACCAACAUUACAUCGACGCUAUUCAUCAACGAAGACAGCGACGCGAUGCUGCUAGUCGGCUCGGCGGAGGGCAAUGUGCGAAUCUACAGGCACUACGAUUCUCCUGCGCAUACGGCAGGCUUCCGAGGUCCCAAGCUCGCAUCGAGUUUCCAGGCUCUUCCGGAUUUAGUGAGGAGCAAGCGACCCAGCGGUCUAGUUGUCGACUGGUUGCAAGGAUCUGGCCACUUGCUCGCAGGUGGAGAUAGUCGGGUGAUUCGAGUAUGGGAUGCGCAUCGCGAGCUUUGUGUGGUCGACAUUCCCACUCGAGCUUCGAGCUGUGUGACGUCGAUCUCUUCCGAAUCCGACUUUGGCCAUCUUUUUGUGGCUGGAUUUGGAGAUGGCACGGUCGGUGUAUAUGACAGACGCAAUCCGCCUGAAGCGAGCCUGGUGCGCUUGUGGGAGGAGCACCAGACGUGGGUGCAGAACGUGCAUCUGCAGAAGCGUGGCUCGCGAGAGCUAGUGACUGCCAGCGUCGACGGUCAAGUGCGGCUGUGGGAUAUGCGUGUACGAUCGUCGAUCGCAAAGUUGAGCCUGGGCGGUAAGUUGGGCGGAAAGCUGUCGUGUAUAGCGGUGCACGAGCAAAUCCCGUUGUUUGCGGCGAGCUCGGCACCCAAGCCAUUGCGACCGACAGCUUCGGCUCAGACGGUGCUGCUGACACACCUCGAAACGCUGUCGACGCUAGGCAAGCCGAUCGUUCGUAGUUUUGCACCGAUGGGAUCCACGCAACAUCUUGGCAACAGCACGCUGCUGUACCCGCCCGAAGCGGUGAAUUCUGGCGUACAUCAUCACCAUUAUCUGCACCACCUGCAUCAUCCUGGCGAGACACAUCAUGGCGGAAUGGGUGGAAGCGGGUUCUUGUCGAUGCAGCACUCGGCAUUCUCGGCUGGCAACGGCGGGGCUGGAAGCGGUCUUGUCGCAGGAAUUAGCGGGACCAGCAGUGGAAUGCAUCAUGGUCCCCAUCUGAACCCAGCCAACCCUUUGCACGCGCUCAUGCCGCCCGCCACCGAAAUUGCCCCGUCAGGCUUUACACCUGCGAUGGGAAGUAUGGCCUUCCAUCCGCACCUGCCAAUAUUGGCGUUUGGUGGUCCGGAUACGCUGAUCGAACUCAGGGAGUGGCCUGAUUCCAGUUGA